ACCAGUUUCACUCAAUUGACUCAACGCUUCUCUCCUCUCUUUCUCAGGCGUACACGGACCGCCGGAGACUGAACAAACGGCGACUACCGGAAUCAAUCAAGCAAACGGGACGUCUUAAUGCAAGACAAUGGCAUACACUGGAGGUGUACCCAGAAACGAUCCAAUGCAAAUGACUGUUUCUCAGAUUGGGCAGAUGUAAAAGCUGUUGUGACACAAACGUCUUUGACAUUCGUCGAUCUUGCAUCAAUUCCCAAAAACGUAAUGCUUUACACCGAUGAACAUGAAUGGUCCUCAUGGUCCAAAAUUGGAGACAGCGUCCUUCACAUAGAGCUUCGUAGGUGGGCUGAUAUAAUGGUAAUCGCCCCAUUGUCAGCAAAUACACUCGCCAAGAUUGCUGGUGGACUGUGUGACAAUUUGUUGACAAGUAUUGUUCGAGCAUGGGAUUAUGAGAAACCGAUUUUUGUUGCGCCAUCGAUGAACGCGUAUAUGUGGAGGAAUUCGUUUACAGAAAAGCAUAUCAUGGCGAUUGAUGAAUUUGGAAUCAAUCUUAUACCACCUGUAUCGCAUGGGGAAUCUGGAACUGGUGCAAUGGCUGAACCCUCGUUCAUCUUGUCAACUGUACGAAUGUUCUUGGAAUCACGAAGGAAAGCAAGUACCAGUAGUAGCAGAACAUAAUGAUUUUUUUCUCCUUUUUCUUGAUAUUACCCUUUUUAUGAACCUGGGUAGUGUUUGCUGAAAGAUUUGAUUUGAUUUUUUUUUUCAAAGAUGUAGAUUUGAUUUGAUCAUUGAUAUUGGAAUAAUUGUAAAGUGACUAUACAAAGAUGAAAAUUUG